UUGACCUCAAGUUAGAAGGUGAAAAAUGAAGAGAUGAAAUUCAUUUUUAAAGACAAUAUGUGUGAAUUUUAGGAUAUUAGUAUUUGUACAAGUAAUGGAAGAAUUGGUGAGAAAGUGAUCCCAUCUAAUACUUAUCUUCCUGAUCAACUAGUAAUCAAGAGCAAUUAGAGAAAGAUUUCAGCUGGAGCAUUAGAACCCUGUAUCAAGUUAUAAUAUAGUACAUAUGAUGUAGAAAACAAAACAAAAAAAAACCCCUAAAAUUUACCUUUUGCUUUUUAUUUUAGUACCUUUAGUAUAGGUCAUCCAGCAUGUGAAUAAUACCUGACGAAACUUGGCCUUACACUUAGUCGUCUUUUUCAGUGCCUCUGGGCAUUUGGCUCUUAGAAGAAGCCCACUGUUUGUAACAUGGAAGAUUGGUCGAGACAAAAGAUUGCGUGGAUGCAUAGGUACUUUUUCUGCCAUGAAUUUGCAUUCAGGACUCAGGGAGUACACACUUACCAGUGCCCUUAAAGAUAGCCGUUUUCCCCCAAUGACAAGGGAUGAGCUGCCACGGCUGUUCUGCUCAGUGUCUCUGCUCACUAACUUCGAAGACGUCUGUGAUUAUUUGGACUGGGAGGUGGGUGUACAUGGCAUUAGAAUAGAAUUCAUCAAUGAAAAAGGAUCAAAACGCACCGCCACCUAUCUACCGGAGGUUGCAAAGGAGCAAGGAUGGGACCACAUUCAGACCAUAGACUCCUUACUAAGAAAAGGAGGAUACAAAGCUCCAAUUACGAAUGAAUUCAGGAAAACCAUAAAACUGACCAGGUACCGUAGUGAAAAGAUGACCUUGAGCUAUGCUGAAUACCUUGCUCAUCGCCAGCAUCAUCAUUUCCAAAAUGGCAUUGGGCAUCCCCUUCCACCAUACAACCAUUAUUCCUGACACUGAGCCGCACAACCAGUCACUGGGCCUCUCUGCAGACCUCUUCCCAGGAGACCCUACCCCUUCUUGGUCUAGCUAUCUGUUUUACUGUACCAUUUUAUGAUGAUAGUUUCCGUUGCCAUGGUGAAGCUUCGACAUUGUCAACUAAGAUCAUCAUGGUAACGGGUAGGAAAGUGGCAUUUAUUAAGAAGAUCCUCCUGUUUUAUUAUUUUAGAUCAUUUUUUUUUGCAGCAUAUAUGAAUUUUGGAGUUUUCUUUCCUUAUAAUGUUAUAUAGAAUUUUGCUUUGCUAUUUCAGUCAGGUUUGUCUUUCUGUCCUUCUUGCCUUCCUUCCUGUCUUCUUUCUUUCUUUCUUCUCUUUCUUCCUUCUUUUGACUGUGGAUGGAAGAAAUUGUGCAGUUUUUAAGGAUUUUAUUUAGAUUUUUCCUCUGUUUUCCUUAGUAAGAUAGAUAACUUUUGAUAGCCAUGUUUGGGAGUAAUUCAUAUCAGAUUCAGGUAUUUGUAUACUUUUGAAUUUGUCUAAAAUUCAUUUUACUAUAAGAGCUUAGUAUAUGGGUCUUUACUGCUUAAGUAUGUUUUUCCCAUGGUUAAAAUAUAUGAACUUUCAUUCUAGUGUAGAAUAUUCGAAGGUCCAUGAUAGGACUUGUCACACAGAGUGAGAAAUCAUUUAUGCCUAUUGUUCUAGUUAUCAUAGGAAAAACUGCCUCAUCACUUUAUAGAACCAACUUACAAGCGGAAACACUGUUUUAAGAAAGUGCAAGCUACCUUUGAAAUAUGCUACAGAAAUCAUUUUGAAAGGCAGCAUAUAUCAGGAAGAGAGCAGAUACAGAAUUUAGUGCCUUUGAGAAGAAUAUAAUGAAGUGGAAUUAAGAAGGGUUAGAAAAAAGGCAAUUUAGAGAAAUAUUCUUAUAAAAUUUUAUUGUUUGUAUAUGUGAAACAACAGAUUAGACAAAUUGCUUACUCUUGAGUAUUUUUUUAAGCUGAAAAAAAUUAUUUUGAGCAAAUAACCAAAAAGAGACACAUUUCUAUUAUAUAUUAAUUUAAAUUUGUUAGCUUUAGGUUUCAAUAAGUCAUGAUUGGCCAGAGACAAUUUUAGCUACCAUUUAAAUAAAUGGUAAUGAUAAUCUAGUGAAACAAAAGUUCAUACAUGUCGUGAUUUUAGACAUGUUUAUCAUGGGGACAAUACUGGAGUUUUAGAAAUACUAUAAAAUCGCUUGAAUCUCUUUCUGCACUACAUACUUUUGAUAGAAACACAUUUACUAUAUUGAGAAGAUGUUAUGUUACCCCUGCAUAAAUGGAGUUGGCAUUUAGGUAUGAUAUAGUUGCUAGAGCCCAGCGCAUUUGCACGCUAGUUUUCCCAUGAUGUAUACACAGAGAACUUCCUCGUGUCAAUGGGAGGUCUGUAUGUAUACCCCCAGGAAGAAUGACAGAUGACUCUGGAGAAAGAUUAUCUUCAUAUUUUGGUAGUUCAGUUCAGUUCAGUCGCUCAGUCGUGUCUGACUCUUUGCGACCCCAUGAAUAUAUAUAAAUAUAUGUGUGUGUGUAAACAUUUUUUUUCAAACAGGAAACAAAGAUUUCAAGUGAUGAAUAUAAGUAUGGUGCAGAACAUAUAGUCGAAAACUACACGAUGUCACUGAAUAUCAAGAUGGCAUAGCUUAUACAUGUAGUUGCUGUGACAAGUAACAGACUGCUAGUUCAGAAUUUGAAAACCCUUUUCUAGUUUGUGAGGUGAAUUGGCUGAAUUUCUUCUGCUGGCCCUUGCAGCAAAGCCAACUGCUUUUGUUUUUGAUGAGAGUUCUCAGAAGUUUUUUGGUAUUCCUUCAUCCACAGCAUCCGUUGUUGAAAUAACCAUUUUCAGUUGUGAUGCCUUAACUAAGAAGCCAGUUGUUAGCCUGAAAUGGAACCUCGGUAGCCAGUUCCAUUGAACCUAGAGAUUAGUUAGAGAAAGCUAGCUGUUGGCCUUUAGAAAGGGAUUUUGAGUCCUUUCAUUUCUACUUGGGAGCAUUUUGGAGCAGAUUAGUCUUUCAGUAUAAAAACAAGUGGCUACCUGAUGGAAAUUUUUUCUUGCCCUUAUAGGGAAACUGAGCACAAGCUGAAUGAUAUUGUCUGCUGCAAAAAAAAAAAAAAAAAGUAAAUAAAACAAGCAAACUGAAGAGAGACAGAAUAGACCAAUAUUGAUCCAUCUUAUCCAUCAUCUCAUCAGUUCAACAGGCUCCUCAUCCUGGGUGAGCUCAUGGUUAGAAGUUUUUUUUUUUAAAGAAAAGAUCUAUUACAUGCAUAUGUGAGUGUGUAUACAAUAUAUACAUAUGUGUGUAUUAAUGUAUUUAACGGUGCUAAUCAAUCUUGAGCAGGUCACGUGACUGGUCAUGCGGACUCUAAAAUCAUAUCAGAUUUUUUAAAAUUCUUGAUAUAUGCAGAUGUUAUACAGAUUUUCUUACCAGUGUAAUAAUGUUAUACUGAAGAAAUAACCAUCCUGCAGGCUUCAGAGGACGAGGUCAGCAAUAUUUCCCACCGUGGCUUGGGGGAAAAGGAUAGUUUUGUCUCCUUUUGUAUUCAAAUUAAUGCACAGUGCAUUUUUUGUGUCUAAGUAGCUGUUGACUAAAUGAUUUUGUAGUGUAAAAGGUGUUAUACAAACUUGUAAUGGUGUGCUUCAAACAAAUGCUAGACCCUUUCACCUUUGUCGUAUAUUACAAAGCUGUUAAAUAUGUGGUUUGAAUUAACUUUGAACAUGUUGAAAUAUGUAGCAUGUGUUUUUAACUCAGACGAAGAUUCUAAUUGCACAGGUUGUGUUCUAGCCAGUUGUGGUUUAUUUGUUCAGAAACACAAAUGUGAAUUGCACUCUUAUCACCAGAAUAUUGUAUAAGUUCAGUGAUCUCUAAACAGCUCAGAAGUAAUACUUGAACUUCAUUUGAGUAGCACAAAGUUUACAUAGCCCCCCUUUUAAAUGUUAAUUAGUUCAAUUUAUGUUUUGUGUUUUUCAAAUGCAACUGGGUAUUUUUUUUCCUCUUGGAAAAUAGUACGUAUUUUACUUUGGUAUGUAGCAAAAGGCUUCCAUUUCUGGAAGGGUUCUCUUGUUGUUAAACAAGGUCAGCCAGGUACCAGAUUCUAAAAGAACAAUUGCCCCUCCCCCUUCUCCCCUUAAGUGGCCUUCUGACUGUAGGAGAAUGUGCUACUGCCCUGCCCGUCUCCCCUAUCAUGAGAGGCCGGUGUGAUUGAUGGAGGAAGUGCAAGGCUUGCUCUUUACCCACCCCACCCCCCAGGCGCUCUUAAAGCAGUUAUAAGAUUUUCAGUCCACUGCAUACAACCCCAAUGCCCAGCACACCGGAAGUUUGUAUACUGGCCUCUUUUCAUGUCUUCAAAUGUGCAGGAAAUUAAAAAACUGUCACCUGGAAUAGGUCCCAUCUCUUCUGUGUGUUAGAUCAAACCAAAGAAGCCCCCAGCCAUGCCCAAAUGCUGCUCCAAAAGCCUGCCUUCCAGUCCUUACAAAAACCUUGCAGGAUUAAAUGUGUUAACUUUUUUAUUUUUGUACAGUUUCUAAGUGAUUUUUGCUAGUGAUGUUAAAUUGAAUUAAGUUUAUUUGAGGGGUGUGAGCACCUCCUCCACUGAAAUAAACUGGUGACUUUCCUUUUAUUUUUUAAGAGCGGAAGCCCAUUGUGUGCCUCUCGAUUUAAGGGUUUCUGAUUACAUUAUUCUUAAGACCAGCAUUGAUCCUUUAUAUACAAAGAUAUGUUUUCCUUGUUUUUUAUUACUGUUUCAGAAGAAAAUAAACCUUUUAUUUUGCUCUGGACCCAGUAACUGCGCUGGUACAUAGACGCACUGAGAAAACAAACUUUUGUAACCACCUCUGACUGUUUUUGUAUAUGAAAGUUGAUUACUUUUGAAAUAUUUGGAUCUAGUUUCUAAGUUAUUUUAGUGUUUUAUAUGUUCCCCAAAAUUACUUUGAAUCAGUCACCAGCAUAAUGAGUUCUUGGUGAUGCAGUGGUGAGACUUGUAAUGAGCAAAGCUACCUGGAGUAGCUCUCUCGUCCUCCCUUUCUUAGUACCCUAUUUUUUGAUUACAGUAAGACAUCACCAAUUAUGUGUAACCCCUUCAAGUAUAACUAGAUCCUCCUUCCUUCCACAUUUAAUUGCUUAAUAGUUUGAAGAAACUAUUGGAAAUGGGCAUUUUAUAUGACAUGUAUGGCUUUAAAAUAUUAUAAAUGAAGAAAAAGAAAAAUGAGAAGGUUUAUGUGGGUCUGUAAGGUAUGGCUGUGGAAAGAUAUUGUAGUAGUUUUGACACUAUUGUUAUUACCUUUAAAAUCAUUUACCCAAUAAAAUGUUAAAACUGAA